GCCCGAGCGUUCAGCGCCGAGACGGUCACAGGUCGUCGGACAACUCCGCCAAAGGGCCACUCGUCCGCCGAGAGAGCACACAGAAACGCGAGGAACAAACUGCCGGAAAAAAGAAGCGGCUUCUCUGAAGAUGACAGGAACCGACAAAGAGAUGUUACAGCCGGUAACUGACGAAGCUAGCAGAGGACAGGCCGCUGUGGUGUUUGAAGACGUGCUGGAGCGGUGCUGCGGCACCGGGCGCUGGCAGGUGAUGCUGAUCAGCUACAUGUCCGUCAUGUGGCUCAUCUUCCCGUCUUUCUCCAUGUCGAUGAUGUUCAUCGGCGCCACGCCGGCGUUCAAGUGCGCUGACGGGCUCGACACCAACGCCACGUUCGAGUCUCUGCCGGAGGGUACUCCUCAGUGUCACCAGACCAACGCCUCCGGGGUGGCCUGCUCGCGCUGGGUGUUCGACACGUCCAUGUACGAGUCGACCGUGGUGACCGAGUGGAACCUGGUGUGCGGCCGCAAGCCGAUGCUGUCGAUGCUGCAGUCUGUGCUGAUGCUGGGAGGGAUCGUCGGCUCGCUGCUCGGCGGGCAGCUGACGGACAGGUUCGGACGCCGACCCGUCUUCCUGCCAGUGAUGUUGCUCGUGAUCGCCUGCUCCUUCUCCGCGGCGCUGGUGGACGACUAUGUCAGCUUCGUCGUGAUCCGUGGCGUCACGGGCUUCUGCAUGGCUUCCAUGAUCGCGAGCCAGUUCGUGCUGGUGACAGAGCUGAGCGGCUGCAAGCACCGGGCGGCACUGACGACCGUCACCUUCCUACCGUUCUCGUUCGGAACCAUGCUGGUGGCGGCCGCGUCGUACGGCAUCCGCACGCGCUGGCUGCUGCAGCUGGCGUUCGCCGUCCCAUGCCUGCUGUUCCUGCCCAACUUCUGGCUGAUGCCCGAGUCGCCGCGCUGGCUGCUCGUCCAGGGUCGGUUCGCUGAGGCGCUGGAGGUUCUGCGUCAGGGCGCCCGCUGGAACCGCAGAACAAUGCCGUCGGACGACGAGGUGCUCAAGAUGAUGUCCGAUGUGCGCCAGACUUUGAUCGCUCGCGAGGAGGCCCUGAAGGGGGACAGCCGAGACUCUGCGUUUCAGCGCGCGCUCGACCUGGUGCGGACGCCGCGGAUGCGCAGAUACACCCUGGCGAGCACGUACAUCGGCUUUGCCAUAGCCGGCUCAUACUUCGGCAUCUCCUUCGACAUGUCACAGCUGAGCACGAGUCCUCACCUAGCGGUAGCGCUGUCGGGAGUCGUGGAGAUUCCUGCGUGUUUCAUCUACCCACUGCUUAACCGGUUUGGUCGGCGUCGCUGCUUCAUCACCUUUCUGUUCACAACGGCCAUGGCGAUGUUCCUCGUCUUCAUCAAGAAGGACGCCACUCUGUGGCUUGUACUGGGUCUGGUGGGAAAGCUGAGCGUCUCGGCGGCGUUCAACAUGUUCUCCUACGUGUCCGAGUUCAUGCCGACGCAGCAGCGCGGCCUGGCGCUCGGCGUCCAGCAGACGGCCUCGCGGAUCGGCGGCGCCGUCUCGCCGUUCGUGGUGGACCUGGUGAGCGGCCUGCACGAGCUGGCGCCGUCGGCCGUGUUCGGCGCCGUGGUGCUGCUGGCCAGCCUGGCGGCCCUGCUGCUGCCCGAGACGGCCGGCAGACCGAUGCCCGAGACGGUGGCAGACGUGGAGGCCGCCGCUCAUCGCAAACGCUUCAAGAAGGGCGCCGUGUACGAGCGGACCCUCAGUGACGACAGCACGAUAACUGAUGUUACAUCCAACUAAACAUGUUCACAUCUAUGAGUGCCUGGUCAGUGUGCAAAUGCCAGCUUUGACCACAUCAACAAAAAUAAGCAUUUUAUUACACGACUUUUACCACUAACUAGCUCCCAAAACAGAGUCUAUCGUUCGCUGAUUGAGGGUCGUGCGGUGCUGGGCUGAAUGUCAGAAUGAGACCAGACUCCCUUGCUGUAUGUAGGUAAGGCCUGAUUUGUUCAAAGCCCUAGAACCAAUUUUCCCCGUUCAUCGUUGUUAUUGUACUGUUUUCGUUCUCAGGUUUGUCACGAACUCGCGGCACACUCUCCAAUCUGUUUGCAAUGCCUCUCAAGUGCGUCCUUUAUUCAGUUCCACACGAUUUCUGGAUAACCAUGACCGAAUCUCGUCUGACCGUCGAGAAUAAGCCGGGACACACACUGCUGCAGUGCGUCCUUCCCCGGUCACGGCCGGCCAUAUCGGCUCGGCCGGAAUACCAAUGACCGCGCUCUCCCCGGUACAGAGACACUCCGCCCAGGCUGAGAGGCCGUGACGGAAUUCGCAGACAUCCAGUGCCGGAUGAGGAGGGGAGGUAUACUGCGGACUUGAUGACACCAUGGGCUUGCGUUUCAAUAUAUUGGAGGUUACUUUUGAUAAACGUUUUAUUACAUUUUAAACAACUGAUCUGAGAUACAGAAGAAUAAGACCGUUUUCAGCAAUUCUGAUACACGCAAAACCGUUUACUGUUGCUGCUGCCGCUCCUGCUACUGCUGCCACAGUGCCCCGCUGCCACUGCAGGCUAAUGUUACAACUGCCACUGCUAUUACCGCUGCUUCUACUUUUGCGGAGCCGUAUAUGACUGAGCGCUAUUACCACAGGGUGGAACUGUUGCCCCCAGAAGCCGCCGUCUCUAUGUGGCCAUUGUGUACGCUGACGGGUGCUUUCGCCGUGUGUGGGAGGGGUCGCGACGAGGGGGGGGAGUAGCGCCUGCCAGGGGCGUAAAAGCCUACCAGCGCCAGCCACAAACCCGAGGCAUAACGGCUGAUGGCGGGCGGCGGCCGUUCGAUUUAUCGAGCCGCCGCGGUGGUGCAGCGUGCACCACUGGGUCCGUCAAUGUGAGCGGCCACCGACGGCCAGUAACAUGGGACUAUUUCGAUAACGGCAGCCGACAGCGCCCCAUUGACGGCCAGUGAUAUUGGAUGUGUGUUUUAUGGCACCCGGCAGCCGUGCGUCGGACAGGUGCGUCGCCCGAUGAGUGACGCCACUGAUUUGACCGUGCGCUCCCCGGCCGGACACGCAAUAAACGGCGCACUCCA